CGGCCCUUUACCAUCACAAAAGCAGCAGCAGGAGCAGCCACCGAGCGCCAGGCGAGCGUCCCGAACAUGCCCAAGCUCUGGAAUGGGCAGUGCUCUGCCAUGUCCUCGCCCGAUCUGAUGGAGGCCCAGCCCACACUUUUGCCCAAGACGCGAAGCAACAGCAGCACCAGCACCGCCACAACCAAGAAUCGCAACAACAAGUAUUGGAUAUUCUCAAUGAUAAUCGAGCGAAGUUCGGCCGCCAAGCGUGGGGAAAUCGACGGCGAUGAUGCAGACACCCCAUUGGAGGCCAUUUUGCCAGCCGAACCGGCGGCGGAGCAGGUCUGCUUAUUGCGUGACAGCCCCUUCAGGAUAUUGCGGGCAGCCGAGUCUGGGAACCUGGAUGACUUCAAGCGACUGUUUAUGGCGGACAACACGCGCAUUUCCCUCAAGGAUGGCAAGGGACGGACGGCUGCCCAUCAGGCUGCGGCCAGGAAUCGCGUCAACAUACUGCGCUACAUUCGGGAUCAGAAUGGGGACUUUAAUGCGAAGGACAAUGCCGGAAAUACGCCACUCCACAUUGCAGUCGAGUGUGAUGCCUACGAGGCCCUGGACUUUCUGUUGUCCAUACCGGUGGACACUGGAGUGCUCAACGAGAAGAAACAGGCGCCCGUCCACCUGGCCACCGAGCUCAACAAGGUGAAGUCGCUGCGGGUGAUGGGCCAGUACCGGAAUGUCAUCGACAUACAGCAGGGCGGAGAGCAUGGACGCACGGCCCUACAUCUGGCGGCCAUCUACGAUCACGAGGAAUGCGCUCGCAUCCUGAUAACUGAGUUCGAUGCAUGCCCCCGUAAGCCGUGUAACAACGGCUAUUAUCCCAUUCACGAGGCUGCUAAGAACGCCAGCUCCAAGACAAUGGAGGUCUUCUUCCAGUGGGGCGAACAACGCGGCUGUACACGCGAGGAGAUGAUUUCCUUCUACGAUUCGGAGGGCAAUGUGCCACUGCACUCGGCCGUGCACGGUGGCGACAUCAAGGCUGUGGAGCUGUGCCUCAAGUCUGGCGCGAAGAUAUCCACGCAGCAACAUGAUCUCUCGACACCAGUGCAUCUGGCCUGUGCUCAGGGUGCCAUUGAUAUCGUGAAGCUGAUGUUCGAGAUGCAGCCGAUGGAGAAGCGGAUCUGCCUGAGCUGCACGGAUGUGCAGAAGAUGACGCCGCUGCACUGCGCCUCCAUGUUCGACCAUCCGGAUAUUGUGUCCUUUCUGGUGAGCGAGGGAGCCGACAUCAAUGCGCUGGACAAGGAGCAUCGUUCGCCGCUGUUGCUGGCUGCCUCUCGCAGCGGCUGGAAGACGGUCCAUCUCCUGAUUCGAUUGGGUGCCGGCAUUAGCGUCAAGGAUGCAGCUGCUCGCAACGUUCUGCACUUUGUCAUCAUGAACGGUGGCAGGCUAACGGACUUUGCCGAGCAGGUGGCCAAUUGCCAGACCAACAACCAGCUGCAGCUGCUGCUCAACGAGAAGGACAGCAUGGGCUGCUCGCCGCUGCACUACGCCAGUCGCGAUGGGCACAUCCGUUCGCUGGAGAAUCUCAUUCGGCUGGGUGCCUGCAUCAACCUGAAGAACAACAACAACGAGAGUCCGCUGCACUUUGCCGCCCGCUACGGCCGCUACAACACCGUGCGCCAGCUGCUCGACUCCGAGAAGGGUUCGUUCAUCAUCAACGAGAGCGACGGCGCUGGGAUGACGCCGCUGCACAUUUCCUCGCAGCAGGGGCACACUCGUGUCGUUCAGCUGCUGCUCAAUCGCGGGGCACUGCUGCACAGGGAUCACACCGGACGCAAUCCGCUCCAGCUGGCAGCCAUGUCCGGCUACACCGAGACCAUUGAGCUGUUGCACUCGGUGCACUCCCAUCUGCUCGAUCAGGUGGACAAGGAUGGGAACACUGCUCUACAUCUGGCCACCAUGGAGAACAAGCCGCAUGCCAUCUCCGUGCUGAUGUCCAUGCAGUGCAAACUGGUUUACAAUGUGCUGGACAUGAGUGCCAUUGACUAUGCCAUCUACUACAAGUAUCCGGAGGCGGCUCUGGCCAUGGUCACGCACGAGGAGCGGGCCAAUGAGGUGAUGGCCCUACGAUCCGACAAGCAUCCGUGCGUCACUCUGGCGCUGAUUGCCUCCAUGCCGAAGGUCUUCGAGGCGGUGCAGGACAAGUGCAUCAGCAAGGCCAACUGCAAGAAGGACUCGAAGAGCUUCUACAUUAAAUAUUCAUUUUGGCCAUACCAAAAGACACCCGAACAGAUCGAGGCCAAGCGCAAAGAGUUCAAUGAUCCCAAGUGGCGUCCCAGCCCCCUGGCCGUGGUGAAUACCAUGGUAACCCAUGGACGUGUGGAGCUGCUGGCACAUCCACUCAGCCAGAAGUAUCUGCAAAUGAAGUGGAACUCCUACGGCAAGUACUUUCACUUGGCCAACCUGCUGAUCUACUCGAUAUUCCUGGUCUUUGUCACGAUCUACUCGUCCCUGAUGAUGAACAACAUUGAGCUGGAGCCGGGCGUAAACAAGUCCAUGAGCCAGUACUGCAAUUUGGGCUGGGACCAGUUGACACAAAAUCUCUCGCAGAAUCACUAUGCGGCCACGCACUUCCGGCAGGACUCGUGUGUGGAGCGCAUCAAUCGUACGACGGCCAUUCUGUUCUGUGCCGGGGUCAUCGUGGUCUACAUUUUGCUCAACUCGAUGCGGGAAAUACUGCAGAUCUAUCAACAACGCCUACACUACAUCCUCGAGACGGUCAACUUGAUAUCCUGGGUGCUCUACAUUUCGGCGCUGGUCAUGAUUGUGCCCGCCUUUCGGGCCGAUGGCAUCAUAACGAGCAUCCACUAUUCGGCCGCCUCGAUUGCUGUGUUUUUGUCCUGGUUCCGGCUGCUGCUGUUCCUGCAGCGCUUCGAUCAGGUUGGCAUCUACGUGGUCAUGUUUCUGGAGAUCCUGCAGACGCUCAUCAAAGUGCUAAUGGUCUUCUCCAUCCUGAUCAUUGCCUUCGGACUGGCCUUUUACAUUUUGCUCUCGAAGAUUAUCGAUCCACAGCCGAACCACUUGUCCUUCUCGAACAUACCGAUGUCUCUGCUGCGCACCUUCUCUAUGAUGCUGGGCGAACUGGACGUUGUCGGCACCUAUGUGAACACCUACUAUCGCGAUCGACUCAAAGUGCCCAUGACCUCGUUCUUGAUACUGAGCGUCUUCAUGAUACUCAUGCCCAUUCUGUUGAUGAAUUUGCUCAUCGGUUUGGCUGUUGGCGACAUCGAGUCGGUGCGUCGCAAUGCCCAGCUGAAGCGUCUGGCCAUGCAGGUGGUUCUGCACACGGAACUGGAGCGCAAGCUGCCACAUGUCUGGCUGCAGCGUGUCGACAAAAUGGAGCUCAUCGAAUACCCAAACGAGGCCAAGUGCAAGCUCGGCUUCUGUGACUUUAUCCUACGCAAAUGGUUCUCCAAUCCCUUCACCGAGGAUUCCUCCAUGGACGCCAUCUCCUUUGACAACAACGAUGAUUUUAUCAACGCGGAACUCGAGCGGCAGCGUCGCAAGUUGCGGGACAUUAGCCGCAUGCUGGAGCAACAGCACCAGCUGAUGCGGCUCAUAGUCCAGAAGAUGGAGAUCAAAACGGAGGCUGACGAUGUGGACGAGGGCAUAUCACCGAAUGAGCUGCGCUCCGUUGUGGGCUCAACCUCGGCUGGCACCAAUCGCUGGAACUCUCCGCGCAUAAGGAACAAGCUACGAGCCGCCCUCAGCUUCAACAAGAGCAUGUAGAUCCAGGCUGGCUACCUGAUCUAUUAUAUUUCUAUAUCUACACAUAUAUUAUCCCCAGUAGCGAAAUGUUUCUCUUUCUCUAUGUGUGCGUAUGUGUAUCUAUCUGUCUGUGUGUGUGUGUGUAAUUUAAAGUCUCACUUGGGACGAGAAUUGUGGGGAAGGAUCGUAGCGAAAUGCUUGAGAUGAGGUGGUAAUCCUCAAAGGAACCAUUGACGAAUUUAUAGGCCAGGCAACUAGUUGGAAUGUAGCUUCAAAUGCACUUAGUGGACUUUCUUAAUCGUUGUUUUGAUGUCUUUUUGAAAUCCAUAAAAUAAAGUCAAUUUA